CACAACGUACUUCACAUCAGAUCGCAGGCACGGUUGGUUUGUUGAAGUUGAAGAGUGACCGAACUAACGAUAAGCACCUUAAGAUGUCAUUCUUCAGAAAUGCAAUCUGGUUUAUGAAAGGAUUGAAAGAAUAUACAAAAUCCGGGUAUGCCUCAGCCUGUAAGGCGUUCAAUGCUGGUGACAUGGAGGUUGAUGUGACAGGGAGAAGUUUCAUGAUCACGGGUGCAAACAGUGGAAUUGGAAAAUGUGCAGCUAUUGCUAUUGCAAAGAAAGGUGGGACUGUUCACAUGGUGUGUAGGGACAGCAAGCGAGGGGAGGAGGCCAAGGCAGAGAUAACUGAAGUGACUGGAAACCAGAAUGUUCAUCUACAUUUACUGGACAUGUCACAGCCAAGAGAAGUGAUAAAAUUUGCCUCCGAUUUUGAAAAAAAUACAGGAAAGUUGAAUGUUUUGAUAAACAAUGCUGGAUGUAUGGUGAACACAAGAGAAGUUUCAGAAGAUGGACUGGAGAAGAAUUUUGCCACAAAUUCACUUGGGACGUAUCUGCUUACUGCAUCUCUCAUUCCUCUGCUGUCACAGAGUGAAGACCCAAGAGUGAUAAUUGUGACAUCCGGAGGCAUGCUGGUACAGAAGCUGAAUGAGAAGGACCUGCAGUCGGAGAAGAUGUCCAAGUUUGACGGCACGAUGGUGUACGCCCAGAACAAGAGACAGCAGGUUGUGAUGACCGAGCAGUUUGCCAAAAGUCACCCACACGUCCACUUCUCCUGCAUGCAUCCAGGCUGGGCUGACACACCAGCGGUGAGAUCAGCCAUGCCUGACUUCUACAACAAGAUGAAGGACCGACUGAGGACAGCAGAGGAGGGGGCGGACACUCUCAUCUGGCUCGCUUUGGCACCGGCAGCGAUUAAACAACCCAGCGGGCAGUUCUUUCAGGAUCGGGUCGUAGUAUCCAAGCACCUGCCUCUAGCCUGGACAAAGUCCACAAGCCAGGAGGAAGAGGAACUCAUGACGAAACUGGCAGCAUUCAACUCACAGUUCAAGUCCCCAUUAUAACCUCAUAUACCCAUACUGAUAUACUGAAACUCAGGCUUGUGAUCAAGUGGGAGAGGUUAACUGUUUUGUCAUCCAGUCAUUGUCCAAAGCCAAUGAGCGACCUCAGUGCUACGAUGUCGUAAUCCUAUGUUAACGUAUGGGAGUUACGAACAUCUUAGUCCUUUGAUGUCAUUAGCCUAUGUUAACAUAUGGGAGUUACGAUCUUUGCGCUCUGAUCACUUUUUGAAACAGGACACAGGCCAUAUUGGUCAGCCUCACAGCGACUCAGGGAUACAACAUGCAUCAACAGAGUCUGCAAGCCAGCAAGUUUUCUUCAAACUCAGACAACAAUAUUGCAGUUGUUGCGUGCCUUCAGGCCUUACUACCAUGUACUAAUGUGUUCUGUCAGUUUGCUGAAAUAUUUUCUUUCAGUAGUUUCACGAUAGAUAUGACAUAUACUUAUCUGUGCACAUUGUAGGCUGUUCAUCUGUAUUGUAUGUAUUAGUUGAGAUAACAAGAAUCAACUGUAGUUGAAAUCAUGUGAAUAGUACACAGAACUCUGGGAACUAUUGGUGUUCUGGAUGUUUAUGACAUUUAUUACCUCAGUGGUGUUUACAGGGCAUUAUCACUGUAUGUAUACCUCCCAUGUUAUAUGUAAUCUUAUGCAUAGACAUGCCUGAUUUAUCCUUGUUGCUCAUGUUUGUAUUGGUUUUUGUAUAUAUUGUUAUACACUCAGAUAAAAUUGAUAUUUAUAGAAUAAAAACUUUACUAACAAGUCCUCA